GGCGGUCCAAGUGGUUGAACAGUGGCAGCUUGCCUUUUCCGCCUCUCUCUCUCUCUCUGUUUCCCGCUGCGUGGCUAUGGCGGCGUUGGAGCCGCUGUGGUUGGUGCCGGCCCUGCUCUUGCUAUCCGCGGUGCGAGCGGAAACAUGCACAGAACCAGUCAUCUCACCAUCCUACUACACUACCUCAGAUGCUGUUAUCUCCUCUGAGUCUGUCUUUGUUGUUGAGAUUUCUCUUACCUGUAAGAACGGAGCACAAAAUGUGGCACUCUAUGCAGAUGUCAACGGCAAGCAGUUCCCUGUCACUAGGGGCCAGGAUGUUGGCCGCUAUCAGGUCUCUUGGAGCAUGGAGCACAAGCUGGCCCGCUCUGGCACUUAUGAAGUGAAGUUCUUCGAUGAGGAAUCUUACAGCAUCCUGCGAAAGGCUCAACGCAACAAUGAGGACGUCUCUGAUAUCAAACCCCUUUUUACAGUCAGUGUGGAUCAUCGGGGUGCCUGGAACGGACCAUGGGUUUCCACUGAGGUGCUGGCAGCCUUAAUUGGUCUCUUGGUAUAUUAUAUGGCCUUCAGUGCAAAGAGCAAUAUCCAAGCCUAAGUCACAUCAGUAAACGUUUGUUCAUGCCAACCUU